UAUAACAUGUUCGAGAUGGAUGGACAGGGGGACAAGAAGAAGAAAAAGAUGAAGAAGACUGAAAAACUGGAGGGCAUGAAGAAAGAAAUGGAUAUAGAUGACCAUGAGAUUCCAUUGGAAGAACUGGAAAUGAGAUACACCACCAGUAUUACCAAGGGUUUGACCACCACCUUUGCCCGUCAGGUCUUGGAGAGAGAUGGUCCCAAUGAACUGAAGCCUCCUAAAGGAACUCCAGAGUACGUAAAGUUUGCCAGGCAGCUGGCUGGUGGGCUGCAGUGUCUGAUGUGGGUCGCAGCUUGCAUCUGCCUCAUCGCCUUUGGAAUUGAACUCGCAAGAGGGAACCUCGAGAGCUUUGACAAUCUGUACUUGGCCAUCACCCUAAUUGCUGUCGUCGUGGUAACUGGUUGCUUUGGUUACUACCAAGAGUUCAAGAGUACCAACAUCAUUGCCAGCUUUAAGAAUCUGGUGCCACAGCAAGCCCUGGUGAUCCGUGACGGCCAGAAGAAUCAAAUCAAUGCCUACGAGUUGGUAGUAGGGGAUUUGGUGGAGAUCAAAGGAGGAGACAGAGUCCCUGCUGACAUUCGCAUCAUCACUGCUCAUGGCUGUAAGGUGGACAACUCAUCUUUAACAGGGGAAUCUGAACCACAGACCAGGAGUCCAGAGUGUACUCAUGAGAAUCCGCUGGAGACCAGAAACGUUGCCUUCUUCUCUACCACCUGUCUGGAAGGUGUAGCUACAGGUGUGAUCAUCAGCACAGGUGAUCGUACAAUCAUCGGUCGGAUUGCCAGCUUGGCCAGUGGUGUUGGCAACGAGAAGACACCCAUUGCCAUUGAAAUCGAACAUUUUGUAGACAUCAUUGCUGGUCUUGCAAUCUUUUUUGGUUUUACCUUCUUCGUGGUCGCCAUGUUCAUUGGAUAUGCCUUCCUGGAGGCGAUGAUCUUCUUCAUGGCCAUUGUGGUGGCCUAUGUGCCAGAGGGGCUGCUUGCUACAGUUACUGUAUGUUUGUCUCUGACUGCUAAACGACUGGCCAGGAAGAACUGUGUUGUGAAGAACCUGGAGGCUGUAGAGACACUAGGCUCCACUUCAGUCAUCUGUUCUGAUAAGACCGGCACGCUGACCCAGAACAGGAUGACUGUAGCUCAUCUCUGGUUUGACAACCACAUCCACGCUGCUGAUACCACUGAAGAUCAGUCAGGCCAGAGUUUUGACCAAUCAUCAGAGACAUGGCGAUCCCUGGCAAGAAUUGCUACCCUGUGUAACAGAGCUCAGUUUAGACCUGAUCAGGAAGGAGUGCCUAUCCCUAAGAGGCUUGUGGUAGGAGACGCAUCAGAGACUGCUCUGCUGAAGUUCACAGAGCUCACUGUGGGGAACGUUAUGGACUACCGUAAUCGCUUCAAAAAAGGGGUGGAAGUGCCUUUUAACUCCACCAACAAGUUCCAGCUGUCUAUCCAUGAACUGGAGGAUCCCCUGGACCUGCGCUACCUGUUGGUGAUGAAGGGAGCACCAGAACGUAUAUUAGAGCGUUGCUCUACCAUUUUGAUAAAAGGCCAGGAACUGCCUCUGGAUGAGCAGUGGAGUGAAUAUUUCCAAACAGCCUACAUGGACCUGGGAGGACUGGGAGAAAGAGUUCUGGGUUUCUGCCAUCUCUAUCUGAAUGAGAAAGAGUAUCCUCGUGGCUUUAAGUUUGACUGUGAUGACAUGAAUUUCCCCACAUCAGAAUUGUGCUUUGCUGGCCUCAUCUCCAUGAUUGAUCCUCCAAGAGCUACUGUGCCUGACGCAGUGAUGAAAUGUCGUACUGCUGGUAUCAGGGUUGUCAUGGUGACUGGGGACCAUCCAAUUACAGCAAGGGCAAUAGCAGCCAAUGUCGGUAUCAUCUCAGAAGGCAGUGAAACAGUGGAAGAUAUUGCACAGAGGAAGCGCAUACCCGUUGAACAAGUCAACAGGAGGGAUGCCCGUGCUUGUGUGAUUAGUGGUGGUCAGCUGAAAGACAUGAGCAGCGAAGAAUUAGAUGAGGCACUACGGAGCCAUCCUGAGAUGGUGUUUGCAAGAACGUCCCCUCAGCAGAAAUUGAUCAUUGUGGAGAGCUGUCAACGUCUGGGCUCAAUCGUUGCUGUAACAGGUGAUGGCGUGAAUGAUUCUCCGGCUCUUAAAAAGGCUGAUAUCGGCGUCGCCAUGGGUAUUGCUGGAUCAGAUGCUGCCAAGAAUGCCGCAGAUAUGAUUCUGUUGGAUGACAACUUUGCGUCUAUUGUCACUGGAGUGGAGCAGGGUCGUCUUAUCUUUGACAACCUGAAGAAGUCUAUUGCCUACACUUUAACCAAGAACAUUCCUGAGCUGACUCCAUAUCUGAUCUACAUCACCGUCAGCGUCCCUCUUCCUCUGGGCUGUAUCACCAUCCUCUUCAUUGAGUUGGCCACAGACAUUUUCCCCUCUGUCUCUCUGGCCUAUGAGAAAGCAGAGAGUGACAUCAUGCACCUGAAGCCCAGAAACCCUCGUCGUGAUCGGCUGGUAAAUGAAGCGCUGGCAGUGUACUCGUAUUUCCAGAUAGGAGCCAUCCAGUCUUUUGCAGGUUUUACAGAUUAUUUCACAGCCAUGGCACAGGAAGGCUGGUUUCCACUCUUGUGUGUUGGCCUGCGUGGGCAGUGGGAGGAUGUUCAUCUUCAAGACUUGCAGGACAGCUAUGGACAGGAAUGGACCUUCGCUCAGAGGUUGUACCAGGAGUACACGUGCUACACUGUGUUUUUUGUCAGUAUAGAGAUCUGCCAGAUCUCAGAUGUACUGAUCAGGAAGACUCGACGUCUCUCUCUGUUCCAGCAAGGUGUCUUCAGGAACCGUGUCCUGAUUUCUGCCAUAGUCUUCCAGCUUUGCUUGGGUAAUCUGCUUUGUUACUGCCCUGGAAUGCCCAAUAUCUUCAAUUUCAUGCCUAUCAGGGUCCAGUGGUGGUUUGUUCCUGUUCCUUACGGUAUUCUAAUUUUUGUGUACGAUGAGAUCAGGAAGUUAGGAGUCAGAAGACAUCCAGGAAGUUGGUGGGAUCAGGAGUUGUACUACUGA